AUGGCUCCCCAAGAAGGCGAAAAUGGUGGAAAAUCUACUUUCGGCCCGUCGAACAAGAAUGCACGCCCAGAAUCUCUAGUUCUCCCCGCUGAUAUCAGUAACAUUGACGCAUUCGCCCGAGUUCGGGGAAUUGUCACUUGGAAGGAGAAGGCACUGGAAGUGAAGCGUGGAGGAUUUGCUUGGAAGGAGGAGAGUGGACCGGAUUGUGAUAUUAGCGACCGUCGCUUGUCCACCCCAGCACGUCUAGUUAUGGCCCAGGCCGAGGAGAUUGCGUACACCAUUAACUGA